AUGGAUGGACCAGGUAAUAGAUCACAGAUAAGGCCAUACUAUGAUCCUGACACCUUCAACGCUGGUUAUUCCGCGGUUUUUAAAGCAGAUGAAGGAGUGGUGGACACCAGCGGUCACUCAAUUGCUUCGAAACUUAGCAUAGUGCAAUCUGCUGGCAAGGGGGUGCGUAGUCGUCUACUUGGCGAAGGGAAAUGCUCAAAUGGAGGUGCGCUGUCCGGUGGGAAACGUUUGCUGUCGAAGGGGCUCGGUGGGGAUAACAGUGAUACGCCCAAGAGUGUCUCGGAUAUGGAGUGGAUCGAUUUUUUGAACCUCAAGGCAUGGAAGAAAGUUCUGGCACAGUUGUUAGACCAAUUUCUGAGGAGAUACGCGCGCCAUCUUGUUCAACAGCCGUUCGAGGUUGCGAGGUGCCUGCAGCAAGUGGGAGACUUUAGCGUUCCGAGUACGCCAGACAUACCUGUGCCCGUUGAGCUACGAGACGAAGAGGAUGAAGACGAGAAUGCGGAAAUUGAUUUCUUUCCCAGUACAAACGAGCAAGAAGUGCUGCCUCACUUGGAAACCAAUGAGAUAGACAAAUCCUUAGUCAAGGAAGCACACAGCGGUGUCGACAGCUCCUACACUAGUAACUUAGUCCUCCGUCCGGAGUCAAAUCACACGGUCGACAUUCUGAAUUGUCUUAUGGACAGUGAAGGUGUCAGGGGACUGUGGAAGGCCAACAACACAACGUUCAUCUAUAAUUUCCUUUCAGUAACGCUGGAUGCGUGGUUUACAGGGCUAAUAUCGCCGUUCCUAGGGAUUCCAGAUCCAUACUUCAUGGACAUAAUCCAUUCGCCAGAUGUGAAAUCCUCGAUCCUUCUAACUUUCGCGGCGAAUGCGCUAACCAAGAUGGUGCUGCUGCCGCUAGAUAUCAUAAGAACGCGGUUCAUCGUUACGUCGCUACAAAGGGGCAGCAAGCCCAUCAGGUCUCUGAGAAGGCUGAUACGCCGCUGGUCCUGGCGUUCCGAUGCCGUGAGCAUUCCACUUGACAUGUGGGUGCUGACCACUCUGCAGUCACUGGUCACUUUGACGUUCAACAAGGCGUUUGAGGUGCUCAUAUACCACCAGUGGAACGUCGAGAGGCAUUCACAGGCCAGGUGGUACCAUUCUCUAACAUUUGCUUCCCAAACAGUCGAGCUAUUUAUCAAACUGCCGCUAGAGAACCUGCUGCGCCGCUCCCAGGUGAACUACCUCGUCAACAACAAGCGCAAUCCUUGGGCCAUCGAGAGCGAAGAUCUGAUAGUGACGCCCGUAGGCUACCCCGGAGUGUGGCGCUCAAUCAGGAACAAGAGAUACUCUGCAGGGCUCUGGAACGGCUGGAGAGUCGGGUUGAUGAGUCUGUUCUGCGGCUACGGAUUCGAGAUAAUGAACACCGACUCUGUAGACCUGGAACAGGAAAAGUUCUGA